CUGGCGCCCGGGCAGGAAGGGAGGCGGCUGCCGUGCCAUUCUUAAAGGAGCCCUAGAGGAGACAUCGGGUGCUGACGGCCGGAAGGAAAAUGAGUGAGUCUUUGGUGGUUUGUGAUGUUGCUGAAGAUUUGGUGGAAAAGCUGAGAAAGUUCCGUUUCCGCAAAGAAACAAACAAUGCUGCCAUUAUAAUGAAAAUUGACAAGGAUAAACGCCUGGUGGUACUGGAUGAGGAACUUGAGGGCAUUUCUCCGGAUGAACUUAAAGAUGAGCUACCUGAACGGCAACCUCGUUUCAUUGUGUAUAGUUAUAAAUAUCAACAUGAUGAUGGAAGAGUUUCAUAUCCUCUGUGCUUUAUUUUCUCCAGUCCUGUUGGAUGUAAACCUGAACAACAGAUGAUGUAUGCUGGGAGUAAGAAUAAGUUAGUUCAAACAGCUGAAUUAACCAAGGUAUUUGAAAUAAGAAACACUGAAGACCUAACUGAAGAAUGGUUGCGUGAGAAACUUGGAUUUUUCCACUAAUGUGAACUUCUGUGUUUCUAAAGUAUUUAUGUAUUAACCUGACCAUACUGGAACCAGACAUAAAUACUUAUUUAUGCCUAAAAAUGCACUGUUACAGUUUGUUUCCUGCAGUAAAGAAAAAUUCUUCAUUUGUGCAAAGUUUGAACAAAGAGAAAAUCAUCUUCAUAGUAAUAAAACUUCGUAAACUGUUUCCUUAUAUUUGUAAUUGUUAGGUGGACAACUUUUCUCCAGGGACUUUUUGCACUCUUGUGACUAAUUUCUAUAACUUACGGUUCAGAAUUUGUUACUAUUUGCAGACACCAUUGGAGAGUGGGUAUUAGAUUAUGAGAGACAACAGUUGCCUCCUUUUGACAAAUACUGGAUAUUAGCAGUUUGUAAAUGAAAAUAGCAUACUAUCACUUGUCAAAUCACUGAAGUUAAUUUGGGGUUAAAGACUUGAGUAACCUAAUUUUGAGCCAUGAAUAAUAAUUUACUGUAGUGUAACCUGCAUUACAAGUACAUUUUUCACCAAUUUUUGUACCUCUUUUGGUUUCCUUUACCUUUUUAAAUCAGGUCUAGAAACUUAGCUUCAUCAAUCACUCAUUCUUAAGGUCUGGGAGUUAGAUUUUUUGAUAGAGUUAUGACUGUUAGGUUUUUGUCUUAUGGAAAAUAGCAUCUUACUCUUAGAAGUUGGAAGAUUGAAAUAAUCAAGGGCUUCAUUCCCAAUUACAUCAAUUCUAAAUAAUUUUGAAUCUAGUUAAUAAUACUUUAUUUAUAAAGCUCUUCCUAACAUCUUGUGAACACUAAUUAUUUUAAAUGUGUUAAUACUGUGCCUUUGAUUUGUUACCUUUAAAGUUAGUUUAAGACUUUUACACUGCUAGUAUUCUAGAUUUGGUGAAAUUAAUACUUUUUUAAAGGGUCCAAGUAAAACAAUUUUCUAACAUGUGUAUCUGAAAUUUAUAUUAAAAAUCAACUUCUUAUU